CUCUCUCAAAAGUUUGACGGUCAAAGUCCACACCAUAUAGUGUCAGUCCCAUCAUAUUAUGUAUAUAAAAUAACAGAAACUUGUGCGUUCGAAAUUAUGUACUAGAUUACAAAUUACUCUUCGUGGUAGAUCUUGGAUUAAACAACAUCCAUCUGGCGUAUUCGAUUAUGGCGCGAAUCAACAUUGUUCUUGUGGUUGCACUGACGUGCAUAUCGGAAGUAUCCUUCGCCAACAACAACGAUACCACUACAACGACCACCGGAGCUACAACUACUGGACUUAAACCUACCACCACAUGGCCUACAACAACUACUGCACACACGACUACAGGAGCUACAACACGUACUGGGCUUACAACAGGAACUGCUGGUAACAAAUCAAGCACCACGCCGUCGGUGACAUCAGGAGGAACAACCUCGGCUCCAGGACCGAGAUAUCGAGUGAAGGAUAAGGAUGGCAAGCUGUGUAUGCUUAUGGACUUUGGUGGGACAAUAACAGACGUAAUUCAUGGCAAGACUUUGGAGAUACCAACUAAUGCAAACACGUCGAGAUCAAAUUGCAGCUCUUCUUCCUACGCAGCCUUCGAUCUACGGUUUUCCGAAGACAUUUUUACAGAGUGGCACAUUAAUCUCAACUUCACCACGAGAGGGCGGUCGCUCAAGCUGCGAGAAGUAUCUGCUUCAAUGUUCUCUUUAGGAUCGUCCCUUUCUUCUUCCCUGGACAUAGACUUCUUUCGCGUACCGGUUGGGAGCUACUACAACUGCACCAACUUGAACUUGACCCUGUCAUAUUUCCAGCUCAACCUUACCCAGCCUUUGUUCCAGCCGUUUGUCCAGAAAACCAAAGGAGGUGAUAAUUGGGGACAAGCGUAUGAGUGCAGACCUGGAGGCCAAGGUGAGUUGAAUCUGGUCGUCGUCGUCGCCAUCGUCAUCGUCGUGAUCUUAGCUGUGGUCAUUUCAGUGACAGUCUGCGUGGUUAAACGAAGGAAGCCAUCCCGUCAAGGGUACAACAGGGAGAUCUAGCCGAUAAGCUUCCAAAAACGGCGCGGUUAGAAAUUUAAAUGGGUGUUUCAAGUUCGGUGUUGAUCUUUUGGUGUUGGGCCGGUAAAUAAAGUAUUCAAAACCCCCGGAAACCUCUUCGGAGCUGUCAUCCACUUCCAUCCUUAAGUUUUUGUUGCAUUUUAAAUGUUUUUUAAAUAGUAAGAGGCUUAGCUAUAAUAAAAUGAAGAUUUGUAUUUGUUUUGUUAUGUUGGUUUAUUUAUUGGUUGUUUAUGUCAAUGAAAUGAAUGCAGAAUUGGCAAAUAUUCAACAAAUUAAGUAUAGAUUUAUGAUGAUAAAUCAAUUCCUUCAUUGAUAAGCUCAUUCAUUCAUUCAUUUACUUGAUUGUUCUGUACAUUUUGUUUUCAUUUCAUGCACAAAAGAUAUGUGUUUAUAUCCUGUAUGAAUUAUUAUGCACUUUCCAGCAGUGACUUAGUGAACCAAAUAUUUUAGGGGCACAGCAUGCAACUGUAUGGGGUUUCUAAAAGUCGCUAGCGAGCGAAAAUUUUGGACUUUCAGAAUAAAAUCUAUCUUUGUGAUUGA